AUGGCAGGUUCAGGUCACAUGUGGCCAAACAGUCAAGAUGACUAUGAAUUACUGGAGGUUAUCGGCGUGGGGGCUACAGCGGUCGUACACGCUGCUUACUGCCGCCCGCGUUCCGAAAAAUGCGCAAUUAAACGUAUCAACCUCGAAAAAUGGAACACGUCUAUGGAUGAACUUCUCAAAGAAAUCCAGGCUAUGUCCAGCUGCAACCAUGAGAAUGUCGUAACGUACUAUACAAGUUUCGUCGUGAGGGAGGAACUGUGGCUCGUUUUGAGACUCUUGGAAGGCGGCAGCUUACUUGACAUCAUCAAGCAUAAAAUGAGGAUCUCAAACUGCAAGCAUGGAGUUUUUGAUGAAGCUACUAUAGCCACCGUUCUAAAGGAGGUGCUGAAGGGUCUCGAAUAUUUCCACCAAAAUGGACAAAUCCAUCGAGACAUCAAAGCUGGUAAUAUUCUCCUGGGCGAUGACGGAAUAGUACAAAUCGCUGAUUUUGGAGUUUCCGCAUGGCUGGCCACUGGAAGAGAUAUUUCGCGACAGAAAGUCCGCCAUACUUUUGUGGGGACACCUUGCUGGAUGGCACCUGAAGUGAUGGAGCAAAAUCAUGGAUAUGAUUUCAAAGCUGACAUCUGGUCGUUCGGUAUUACAGCGAUAGAAAUGGCGACAGGCACAGCCCCAUACCACAAGUAUCCUCCAAUGAAAGUUUUGAUGCUCACUUUGCAGAACGAUCCGCCCACCUUGGACACCGGGGCAGAAGAAAAAGAUCAAUAUAAAGCAUACGGAAAAACUUUCCGGAAGAUGAUUUCAGAAUGCCUUCAAAAAGAUCCAACAAAGAGGCCAUCUGCCCCAGAGCUGUUAAAGCAUUCAUUCUUUAAAAAGGCGAAAGAUCGCAAAUAUCUCGUACAAACGCUCGUCACGAUCGGGCCCAGUAUGGAGACUCGCGUCCACAAGGCCAGUAAAAGGCAGCCGGGCACAUCAGGACGAUUACAUCGCAUGGAAACCGGCGAAUGGGUUUGGGAAAGCGAAGAGGACGAUGACGAUGAAGACGGCGAAACCGGCAGCGACCGCCCGAUGAACCAGUUGCUGCGGGCCGAUUCAUCCGACAGCGAAAGUGACAGUGAAUCGCGCGCCGGUUUCACUAUCGGCUCAGUGGAAGCGGAGGAAGCUCCCCUAAUUAAUCUCGUCCUAAGAAUGAGGAAUGCACGCAAAGAACUCAAUGACAUUCGCUUUGAGUUCGCUCCUGGCAAGGAUUCCGCUGAUGGCAUAGCCACAGAGCUGGUUGGCGCCGGUCUGGUGGCCGCCAAGGACUCGGCGACGAUCGCACAGCAACUGCAGAUCCUGGUGGACGCGCACAUAUUCCCGAGCGGGUCUCCGGCGCCGCGCACGCUGACCUUCCGCCUGGACUCCGCCGACCCGACCGAACCCGCCGACGAGAAGGGCCUCAUUGGCUUCGCACAGAUUUCCAUCGUCGACUGAAUCCAUCUUUCUACCUCCCCUAUGGACAAUAAUGUUGUGAACUCGAGUAUUUUAUAUUAAAACUUUCCACAGUGCGUUUAACCCGCGUCGAGCACUUUUGCUAUUUACUUGUUGACGAAGCGUGAGAGCACAAAAGGUAAUCGUUACUAAGUCGCGAGUUGGCUUCCAAAUUAUCUUAAUCACUGUUGUAUCGCGUGUAUAUGGUAUAUGAAUAGGUGCAACGUUGCGCGCCAUUUUAGUUCGUAGUCGUUUAAUCUUAAGCGCUAUAUUAUUACUAUGUUAUUACUUAUUACGCUGUGUUCUGUGUACCUACGUAUUUAUGGGUAAAAUGGAAUCCUUUAGUUUAUGUCGUUUAUAGCUCAAGCGAAGUAAUUAUUGAUAAGAAUGAUGAAUUUAUACGAUUUUACAUAUUAUAUUAUAUUCUUUCGUGUUUAUUUCGCUGAAGUGGAUAUGAAACACUGUAAUUGAUUUUAUUGUUUGUAUAAAUGUAUCGCUCAAAAUCAUCCCUAAAAUGGAGAUAUAAUCUAUGAUUGAUUAAUUUAUUUAAAACUAUUUUAAUAUGUAACUUUAAACGUGUAUUUAGGUAUUAUAUAAAAAAGUAAUCUAUGGAACUAAAACAAAAAUAAGGCUCAGAUUAAUAAAAUGUUACGAACUAACAUGAAAAUCGACAUAAGGGGUUACAUUUAAUAUAAUUUCGUUGUUGUCAGCCUGUGUCAAGUUAUGAUAAAUUAAAAAAAGACAUAUCCAAAAGUCAAUCUUCAUUCACAUUAUUAUAAGGAUCGCUUUUCAUUGUAAUGCAUUGUAUAUAAAGUUGUCAUGGGAUUAUUGUAAAAUAUUGGUGAAACAUUAGGCCUAAGAAAAAUCAAUUGAUUUUUAAUACAGAUUAAAAGUAGAGAUAGGCAAUUAAUAAAAAAGCGCAAGAGGAGCGAACAAAGUAAUCGUACUAAAGCUGCAUUUUUAUAAUUGUAUUAUUUAAAUGCUCCCUGCAAUAUCAAUGAUUUAGAAUUUUGCAAUAAUCCCGCGACAAAGUAUAAGUUAAUAAUAAGCAUAACUUAUCAUAACCUUUUAGGUACUGACAUUUAAUCAUCAUAUAAAUAAAUUAAAUAUUUCGUUUUGUAUAUAGGUGAAAUUUCAAUGACGAAACCCCAUACGUGCCAUAUUUAGUUUGUCUAAAUAUGAUAACAAAUCAUUUAAUCUUGGUGCCUAACACUUCAUUAUAUUUUUAUAUUAUAUAUUACAAGAUCAUUGCAGUGUUCAAUCAGACGGAUAUAUUCAUUCAAAUAAUUUUUACGUUGUUAUUGUAUUUGUUUGUUGCUUAUUUUGGAAUUAUUUUUUAAAUAAUAAAAACAUGGAACAGAA